AUUGAAUUAUUUCGAUCAUCGUGUUUACCAUUACAAGCAAGUCAUUAUAUUAAAAGCUAAGCUUGUCAUUUUCGGAAGAAAUAGAUGAAAUAAAUUAUUACACUAGCUAUAACUGAACAUGAGUACAUUACAGAAGAUUCUCAGCUCCUUGAAGAAUGGCCGUAGGACCCUUCGGCCAUUCGCUUCUAUUGCUAUCAAAAGUUCACAAGGAUUAAGUUCUCAAACUCAAGUGAAUCCUGAAAAGGAUACAAAACUUUCUAUUCCUACUACCUACACAAGUUCUAGUGAUCAUGAGCAAGAAGAUCAUCAAUACGAGGAAAACAUUAAAAAGAUCAUUUUCGAGAAUGCCUUACAAUUUGUCCCAAAGAAUGGAUGGUCUGUAGAAUCAUUGAGCGCCGGUGCUAAAGCAGCUGGCUACCCUACUAUAACUCAUGGCUUGUUUCCUAAUGGGGGUGGGGAUUUGGUACAUUAUUUCAAUGUCAGAUGUAAUGAACAGUUAGUGGAUGCUAUGAAAACUUGGCCCAAAGUGGAUGCACAAGAGAAAGUACCAGCCAAAUUUGUUGAGAAUGCCAUUCACCAAAGAUUACUGAUGAUUGAUCCAUAUAAGAACACAUGGCCAAAAGCAAUGGCAAUUCAAACUCUACCAAACAAUGUACCCAAUUGCUUGGCAACAUUAUUAUCUCUUGUUGAUGAUAUUUGCUAUUAUUCUGGGGACAGGAGUGUAGAUUUUAACUGGUAUAUGCGCAGAGUGGGAGUAGCAGGAAUAUAUAAGGCAGCAGAGUUGUUUUAUCUAACAGAUAGCAGCCAAGACUGUAAUGCCACUAGGAAUUUUAUUGCUUCACGCAUACGUGACGCUCAACUAAUACAAACAGCGUUAAAUUUAAGUCCAGUAGCUGCGGCGCCGCAAACACUAACCGCUGCUUUCACGACAGCCAAAAAUAUGCUGGGAAUUAAUACACUGAAGUAAUAUGAAGAUUUAUAAUAGGCUAAAUAAGUGAUGGUUAUAUAAAAUCCACACAUCUAAAGUUUGACACAAAGUAACAUACAAAGUAUUACUGACAUUUGCUUGGUUAUUAUAAUAAAUAGUUUAAUUUCAAUUGAUGUUAUAAGUAAUUUUAUUUUCAUUAUUACCUAAUAAAAUAUUGACUCCAUUAUAAAGUUAAUAAUUCAUUAUUCAUAUAUUUAUAUAAACAGUCUCUUAAAAGUCAUAUGUAUAUAUACUUAAACUAUGCAUAUAUAUAACUAUGAGUACUAAAGGCACAUAGGUAUUGGCUAUGUUGGUACAAUGUAGUCACUGCCAAUGGUUAUAUAAGAUAUUAAGUUUGGUGGUAGUGGCAACUUGCUCCAUACUGUUGCUGAUACAGUUUGUCUUAUGACAAACCUGCAGAUCAUUUGUAAAGAGUCCAGCUUGGCAAAUCUAUUUAGUGGCCUUGCUAAUUUAACAGGCAUCUCAAAAAGGUUAGAUUUCACAUCAACAGCAGCACAAUGUUCUGAUAUCCUGUUAGCCGGAACAAAUGUUUCAUUGUUCAGAGAAAACAGUCCAUUGGCAUGUCUGAGUCGAGCAUGUAGUGUGCGACCCACACAGCGGAAGGACACACAGAGAAUGUGUCGGGAGUCACAUGAGUCUCGUACCAAGAAAACAUUAUCAUGCUGCCCUGCAAGUAGUUCCUCUGCCUCACUUGAGGUGAUCCCUCCCCAGUACCAUCCAUGCCUUGACAAUUGGCAGUAAAUUGCACAAGUUUCAAGUGAGACGUGCUGGUGGUGUCCACGAAGUACUGAGUGACCAUCUGAAUGUUGACAUUUGACAGCUUGUCUGUUCAGUGGAAAAUCCUUUUUGGACUCGUGUCCUGUCGCAGUCACUCUCUUCUCGGAUGCAGUUGAUGGUUCACCAUUACAUUUGCUAAGAUUACACAGAUGUUCACCACCAUUGUUUUUGUUGCCAAAGUAUCUCUGCAAUGAUCUAACAUUGCCAGUUAAAAACAACUUAUUUUUCCAAAACUUUACAAAUUUAUUUGUGUUAAUCGAAGGCUUGCGCUCGGGUAAAAAUACACCAUCAGUAUUAUUAAAAUCUCUUUUGUUGUCAACAGUUCGCUGUAAAUGUUUACAUUCCAAUGGUUUUAACCACUUACGUAGGCAACCUGAGGCAAGCCAUUUACGGCGAUUACAAUGAGUACAUCUUUCGUAGUUUUUGUUCAUUAUUGAUGUAAAGAUUUGAGGUUUAAUUAAUCCAAGAUUCCAAAUGUUUUAUGUUUCGUUACAAAAAUAGGAUUCUUCGAACAAAUAUCAAACAUGACAUUGACAAAUA